AUGUUUAUUGCCACUGCCACCUCCUCGCAGCCAUCAUCGGCAUCAGUAAAAGGAGAGCGAUCAGAUUCCAUUGCCACCCUGUCUACCACAACUGGCAACCCCUACUCAAUUACCCCAACUGGGGUUUCUAAUUCCUAUUACCCACCUCCACCAACAACAUAUCACUCUACUUCAUCAUCCUGGACUGAUACUAGUAUUUACGAUCAGCAAUCUUCCCUCUCUUACACAAAUGAGCAAAUUUCAUGUAUUUGCGAUGUCCUGCAACAAUCAGGGGACUACUCUAGACUAAAACAAUUCAUAGAAAACAUCGGAGAGACAGGUAGUAAUAACGAGAACCUUCUAUCCGCUAAAGCGACUCUGGCAUUCAAUGAGGGUCGUUUCACGGAGAUGUACGCCAUUCUAGAGAGUCAUGUUUUCUCCCAAUCUCUGCAUCAACGACUUCAAAACCUGUGGAUGCAAGCUCAUUACAUGGAAGAAGAGAGGGUGAAAGGGCGACCCCUAGGUGCUGUAGCAAAGUACAGAGUACGUAGGAAGUUUCCUCUGCCUAGGACAAUCUGGGAUGGAGAGGAGACGAGCUACUGCUUCAAAGAGAAGUCAAGGGCCAUUCUACGUGACUGGUAUACCCACCGCAAUGCUUACCCAUCUCCGAGGGAGAAACGCGAACUCUCCGAACUCACGGGAUUGACAACAACACAGGUAUCGAAUUGGUUUAAAAACCGUCGGCAGAGAGACAGGGCUUCAGAAAUCAGAACCUCUGGAAACUCGUUUAGUCCUUCGGCUGUCCAACCCACUCAGGAUCGUGAACCUGUAGAAGACAUAAAGGAAUGUUUAAAGGAGCCGCCUCCGCCAGUUGGCACAGAAGAAAUCACUCAUUUAUCCUACUACCAACACACACCCUCCUCAGUAAGCACCCAAUCCCCAUCACCGUGGCAACCCUCUAAAUUCCUUGCAACCGGCUACUGGCCCCCCACUACGGCACCACCUCCUGUCGUGGACAUGUUUUUUCGCCCAACACUUCGACAUCCCUAUAAUCACAACCAGCAUCUUCAACAAUUACCCCAGACCAAUCCCAAUUAUCAAAUCCAGGGGCAAACAGAUUGGAUAAGGUAUGAAGACACCUGCCAAUAUAACCCGGGACCUUAUCAAACUGAAUUCUAUUCUGAUUCGACAGCAACUUAUGGGCUCCAACCAAUGGGAAGUGCUGGAAGUGCCAAUAGCCAUCAGUGGGACUCACAGAACGGUAACGUGCGAGCUGAAGAUGUAGUGGUUUCGGGAAGAUUUCAACUACAACUUGAAGUUCAAGCUAGAAUUAGACGAGGAGAAACGGGAGCCACAACAACAACAACGAAUUCAGGAACGUCUAAUAUAACAGGAGGGGGCUAUCUUCCGAAUGGGCCCAAUUAUGGGAUGACAACUUAUAAUAGAAAUUUACCUGGAUAUAUUGAACAGCAGCAGUAUCGAAUUGAAGAUGGACAAUUCGUCGGAAAUUAA